AUGGCAGGAGCACCCCUCAAUAUCAAGGAGGAGAUUGAAAUGUCCAUGGCUGAAGAGCUGAUGCCUGCAAUUAUCCUUGGGCAAACCCAAGAUCCCCUGGUGAUAGCAGAAAUGAUGGAGCAUGGAUCUCGGUCACCAGGUGUCUCCCAGAGGCGCCCAAAGUUGGAACCAAAGGUUGUUGGCACUGCACCCAAAUCAGUUUGGAGUAUGACUGCCACCAGGCCCAAGAAGAUGGUGCACCACCUGCAGAUACCCAGAAUUCCGAGAGAGCCAGGCCACGGUGAUGCCCAUAUCCAGGAGACUUCUGGCAACUUCCAAAGCAUAAAGUUCCACCAUGAGUGCAGCCCAGAAGCAGAUGUGGCAGCUGAGAUUGGCCUGGAAGAGGUCGACGGACUGGAGAUGGAAGUUAUAAAAAGACAGCUGCAUGCGCUCACUGGGCGUCUGCGCAUACUUGAGGACCAAGAUGCUACCUGGCGCUACAAGGAGACCAUGCUGUUCACCCUGCUGGUGUCGGCCUGUUUUGCCAACAUAUGGUUGUGGAUGCGCCACUCUCAGCAGCCCCCAGGCAUCAUCAGGGCCAUUUUACAACUCCAGUCAGGCCCCCUGCCUGGGAUGGUGAACACCCUGCAUUGGGAGGUCCCAACUGCUGGCAGUCGGGAGGACCUCCAUUCUGGAGACAGUGGGACCAAGAGGUUCCACUGCCACGCUGCCCUCAGCUUGCUUAAACGCUCCAUCAUGAGCGUAGCCUUUCUCCCAACAAGCAGCGAGUGCUCUGUGGAGAAGCAGUGUGCUGAGGGUGAAGGGAGGACGGAGGACCUCACGUACACUUAG